AUAGACCGCCACCGUUGCGUACAGACGGACGAGGGGUAACGUAACGCUUAUCAGUAAAUAAUUCGACGAGUUUUAAAAACAAGUCAUGCCACCAGGUAAAAAUUUUAGAAGAAGGAAAGAGGAUUCAUCCGACGAGGAAGAUGAUGAAACAAAAUUCGUAGUCAGGUCAAAACUGGAUGAAGCCAAGGAGCUACAGAGUCUGCGAAAAAGGCAGCAUGGAGUGAGCAUUGCAACGUUACUUGUUGGAGAGAAGCUUCCUUUAGAGGCUGAGCUUGAGGAUGACCCAUUUAAACUGAAGACUGGAGGUGUUGUUGACAUGAAGAAAGUGAAAGACAGAAGCAGAGACAUGACAGUGGAUGAAAAUGACCUCAAUCUUGGUACAUCCUUUUCUGCCGAGACAAACAGAAGAGAUGAAGAUGCUGACAUGAUGAAGUACAUUGAGACAGAGUUAAAGAAAAAGAAAGGCAUGGUGGAGGCAGAGGAGCAGAAGGUAAAGGUGAAGAAUCCAGAGGACCUCCUGUAUGAGCUUCCAGAGAACAUCAACGUCAGCUCUGCCAAAAAGACAGAAGAGAUGUUGUCCAAUCAGAUGCUGAGCGGAAUUCCAGAGGUGGAUCUGGGGAUUGACGCAAAGAUAAAGAAUAUCAUCAACACAGAAGAAGCCAAAGCAAAGCUGCUAGCUGAGCAGAGGAAUAAGAAGAAAGACAGCGGGACCUCCUUUGUUCCCACAAACAUUGCGGUCAAUUACGUCCAGCAUAAUCGCUUCUACCAUGAGGAUUCAAACGCGCCCCAAAGACGCAACAGAGAAGAGCCUAAAGCCAGGCCAUUGCGUGUAGGAGACACAGAGAAACCAGCACCUGAGGCCUCACCACCCAAUUUCCGCAAGAGACCCAAUAACGAGAAGGCCACAGAUGACUACCACUAUGAGAAAUUUAAGAAAAUGAACCGACGAUAUUAAUCCUUCACUAAUAAUUCAGUUACCAUGAUGGAGUUUGUUUUUCCUUUCUGUAAACUGAAAGAUGUAAAUACUUUGUACUAUAUUUAAAAAAAUGUCUCUGCUAAAUAUCUGUAACUUACGAUAAGCUUUUUACAAUAAAACUUCACCCAAA